AUGGCCCAGUCUUUCCAGCCAGCCGGUCCAAGCGAGCGGCAUGCAUUUGCCGGGGUUCUUCUAGACUUUGAUGGAACAAUCAUUGAUUCGACCGAAGCAAUCGUGGAAAACUGGAAAAGAGUCGCCGCCGAAUUGGGGCUGGACUAUCGCGACAUCCUCCGUGUCUCUCAUGGUAGGCGAAGCAUUGAUGUGCUCAAAGAACUGGACCCCACUAAAGCAAACUGGGAAUAUGUGAGCGCCAUGGAGGCCAGAAUCCCGCUUCUCUCCUCCACGCCUGCGGUGGAGAUUGCGGGAGCCCGGCGGCUACUGGAGCAACUCAACCGCUAUUCCAUCCCGCAUGCCAUCGUGACUUCGGGCAGCAAGGCAUUGCUGGAUGCUUGGUUGACUAUCCUUCAACUCCCGCGGGUAAUGAAGGCCACGACCGCCGAGGAUGUCAAGAUGGGCAAGCCGGACCCUGAGGGGUAUCGUACGGCCAAGAAGCAAUUGCUUCAACAUCGUUCUGGGGAAGGAGAAGUUCUGGUGAUGGAAGACGCUCCUGCAGGAAUUGUCGCCGGCAAAGCAGCGGGAUGCAAGGUGUUGGCUGUGACGACUACGCACACGGUGCAGCAGUUGAAGGAGGCUGGGGCGGAUUGGGUGGUUAGGGAUCAUCGCUUUGUUGGGUUCGAGGCUCCGGCCGGGUCUGGGGAUGUGUGUCUGACCUUUCAUGAUCUUUUGUAG